AUGUCUUCGAAAGAUGCCAAGGUCCUGAGGAGCAGACCGAUGGAUGAUUCGGAGGCCAAGUGGGUCGGACUAAGAGCUAUCGAGUGGGUGGAUCAGGAGGGAAGGGAGAGAAAGUGGGAGAGCGCCGACAGGAAGACGAGAAAGGGAGAGGUGGAUGCCGUGGCUAUAUGCGCCCUCAUUCAUCGUCCCUCUUCCGAGACUCAUGUCCUUUUGAUCUCGCAGUUCAGACCGCCCGUUGCCUCUUCGGUCAUUGAAAUGCCAGCAGGUCUGGUAGAUGCUGGUGAAGAGGGCGAUGAAGGAGCUCAGAAAGCCGCUCUUAGGGAAUUGGAGGAGGAGACGGGAUACGGCACCACGAAGCAAGGCGGAUCGGUCGAUGUGGUAGAGACCAGCACCAUCAUGGUCAAUGAUCCCGGGCUCUCUGGCGCGAACAUGAAGCUGUGCGUUGUGCGUAUACAUCUGUCGGACGAUUCGGAAGAGCCGGUAGCCAAGCCAGAGGAAGGCGAAUUCAUCGAAAAACAUCUCGUCCCAGUCAAGGGCCUUUACAAGACGCUCAAGGACUUUCAAGACAAGGGCUUCGCGGUGGAUGCUAGACUAGCUCACCUUGCUGUGGGUCUGGAGUUGGGUCUGGGUGGACUGACAAAGGGUAGCAAGAUUUGA